UAUCUAACGACCACCAGAAACCAGAAAGUUCCUCCCAACAGGUCCAACUUGUUAAUCAGUCGACUCAUGGCCCCAAUCGAGCUUGGAGACCAAACUCCAUCGCAAUCUCAAAUCAAUCCGCCACCGAUUCAAAAACCAGGAGAAUCGAAAUCACAAACUAUCAACCGCUUGGCUGCUGAAUUAAAAGUGGCGAAGAUGGCUAAGACUCACGCCGAGAGGAAGGUGCUGGAAUUAGAAGAUGUGAUCAGUCAAAAAGCUAAGUUGAUGGAUAUUUCGACUAAGCAGUGCGAUGCGGCUUGGGAAACUAUGGCAGAACUCAAAAAACAAAUAGCCUCACAAGAUGUGGUCAUCAAACGUUUAAAAGACGACGCAAACCAGUAUCCACUCUCAUCUUCCACACUGCUUCAAUCGCACCAAAGGCUCUCAUCCACUAUCGACACCCUUCGAGAAUGCUUCACAUGUCCAUUGUGCUAUAACGGUCUUGAAAAAGGGGACGCAGUCAGUUUAAGAUGUGGACAUACCUUUUGCCAGAAUUGCAUAGAUGCUUGGGCAGCCUCUUCGAAUGCGACUGAUUUAAGACCACCAGAACCUCGCAAGACAGCUGAGGCUCGGGUACAGUGUCCGGAGUGUCGUACGACAGGCUCGACCCGAGUCCGGCUCUACAUGCUGGAAGAAGCUAUCCGUCUGCUCGCGCGUGCCGAACGAGAAAGAGAGGCGGCGGAAAUUGAGGAACAGACAAGAAGAGCCGAACUGGAAGUGGUCCACGAUCCUAAGCCGACAGACUACCUAGCAGAUUGAAAUUUUCGUGACGUGAAAACUUAUACCUCCUGAGUCGGUCACGACAUCUUAUGUAAACAAAAUCCUCUCUAUCCCCUCCUAAAACUUAUUUUACUACAUGUAAUUUUGACAAACAGUGUGUUUGAUGCACACUGAUAAAGUGACUUCAUCGGAAGAGACUGGUGCUACCUAGCAAUAAACACAUAAACCCAAUACCAGAACUUGUAACUUUACGACCUAACGUAUGCUCCUGUCAAACUUCCUUGCCUGCCUCGAAU